AUGAGCGUGAACUAUCAGAUUCUCUGUUACUUCAUGCUGGGUGUGCUUUGUAAUGCCACAAUCAGAGGGAUAAUAUACUUUAACAAAACACCCAAAUUCCCGCCCGUCAUCAUGACAGCACCAAAUGCGGUUAAUGUUUCUAGACCCUUCCCAAAUCCUCGUAUUCUCUGCUAUGUGAAUACAAUCCCUGCGACCUACCUUACCAAAGCUCAACACGUUAACCGCACAUGGGCUCGUCGUUGCACAAAGGUUUUAUUUUUCAGCAGCAAAGCGGAAGACACGAUUCCGGUGAUUAAUUUAAAUCUCACGAAACCGGAAAGUCGAAUGCACUUGUGGAGCAAGAUGAGGAAGAUUGUGCGCUAUGUAUACCAAUACCGGAACGAUUACGACUACUUUUACAAGGCGGAUGAUGAUACCUACCUGUUUGCGGAGAACCUGGCAGAUGAACUGAGCCGAAGAAACCCCGACAAGCCAUUCAUGAUGGGACACCGUUUUCGCAGAUUUCAAAAGGAGGGCUACUUUUCUGGAGGUGCCGGAUACGUCCUUUCACGUGGCGCACUGAAGUUACUGGUUGAACGUGCAAUUGACAAACACCCAGCCUGUCCAAAAUACGAUGAGGAUAAAGAAGAUGUAAAAAUAUGUAAGAAACUUUGCAUUCCGUCACGCGUUGCCCCUGUUUCUUCUUUGGUCAGUAGCAUAACCUCACUCGGAGCUAUUUAG